AUGGCCUUUUUCAACUCCUGAGCUUGAACAAAUCAAGACCAACCUGUUUACUCUUUGUCCAUUUGCUGCUCCUCUUCUUUUUUUAUUAGCCUUUUGUUCUUUGAUUCCUGUUGUGUGUGAACAAGAAAACCAAACGAAAACAAGAUAUGAUGAUGAUCAUUACCAUCUUGUUACUAGUAGUUUUGUUCCUGGCUGGCCUCAUUAACAUUUACUUCUAUUUACCUUCCAAGAAAUUGUACGCAUGGCUCCAAUCCUUUGCCUCUAAAAACCCUCCAACAGCCAUCACUCCCCAAGUUUCUCACAAAGAAAGGAGUAUUACUACUAGUAGUCUUAGUAUCAGUAGUAGUAGUGGUAGUCCUGCUUAUGACGAAGCUGAGCUAAAGAGCGUUUUUGCUACCUUUGACAAGAAUGGAGAUGGGUUUAUAACAAAGCAAGAGUUGAGAGAGUCAUUCAAGAACAUAAGAAUAUUUAUGACAGAGAAAGAAGUGGAAGAAAUGGUGGUGAAAGUGGAUACUAAUGGAGAUGGUUUGAUAGAUUUUGAAGAGUUCUGUAUCCUGUGCAAGGCAAUUGGGGUUCGAGAUCAAGGAGGAGAUGAUGAGAAAGAAGGUCAACAAGAUGGUGGAGAAGGGGAUUUGAAGGAGGCUUUUGAUGUUUUUGAUAAAGAUAAAGAUGGGUUGAUAUCAGUUGAAGAGCUUGGUUUGAUGUUGUGUUCUUUGGGGUUAAAGGAAGGUGGAAGAGUGGAGGAUUGCAAGGAGAUGAUCAGGAAGGUCGAUAUGGAUGGUGAUGGGAUGGUUAAUUUUGAUGAGUUUAAGAGGAUGAUGAUGAGAGGUGGAAGCAAGCUUGUUUCUGUCUUCUAAACCACUCCUCCCUCAAUACAAAUUUUCUUCGUUUAAGCACUUGUAAGAUUUCUAUAUACUUGAUCUUUGUCACCCAUACAACGACAGAGAAAUUUCAAUGAAACAGGAGCUUAUUCCUUGCCUAUCAAACUUCUGAGUGUUUUGAGUGUAGAGGCAAGAGAACAGGCCAUCUCUCUGAUUUAAUCUAACCUCAAGAGAAUAAAUCAAAUUUGGCUAGAAUACUUGUUGGUUUGUAUUAAUAUCUGUAAGAAGAUUUGAACUUGUUACUAGCUAGCUAGUCUGUAUUUUGCUGUAGUAGCAUGUACAUAGAUAAAAGCAGAUCCUUUUCUUCUGUAUGCUAAAGCCAAAUUAAAGAAGUUUGUGCAUGCCAUGUUCAGCUCUUUCAGAGUAAAGCAACUGAAAUAAUCUUCCCAACA